AUAAAAUGUAGUAUACUAUAGUACAUAAAAUUACACUAAUACUAAGACAUCCUGGAACUGAGGAAAAUGAAAUAAUAGAAAAAAAGGGAAGAAAAAUACAAAAACCGUACACCGUAGUACGGGAUACAGUUGAUGCCGUCUUUAUAUUCGCAUCACUUGACUGACUCCACUUCUUAAUUCUUCAAACUAUCUCAAGUGUAGGUUUUACUUUACUGUUUUUUAUAGACAAUAAUUACUGUUUAUCUUCGGUCUCAUCUACGACAUUAUACUGUGUGAAAUUUAUUGGAAGUAUCUAGUAGUUACAUUAACAUUUAUAUUUAUACAUAUAUAUAUAGAUAUAGAUAUAUAUUAAAUCCACACACAUUGUCUGCUAAUAUAAAAAUGUAUUUCCACGAGCGUCAGUCCAUCAUUAUUUGUCAAGACUCGGAAAAGCAAGUUUACUGAUGCCAUGUCCGACUCAAUUACUAAUAAUAAUAACAGUUCGAGUAAUAACAAUAAUAACCAGGACGCAGUCAGUCCAACUCUAGCCAACAAUCUCCGGAGAUUUCGUUUUCAAAAGAAACCUCUUGAUAAAUUGAAAAUGUCUGACGAAGAUAGCAAUUUGGCGAGUCCGGAUAUCCAAGUACGUCGUAAAGCAGUGAACCGGAUCGAAGACAGUGACAGUGAUGCUGGAACACCUGUUAAAAAAUUCGAUGCCAAGAGUAAUGGUGAUACUAAUGACAAAGACGAAAAGCUUGCGUACCUGAUUAAUUUGUACCCUAACCGUGACACAGAUGAUUUACAAGAAGUAUUAAUUACCGUCGAUUGGGACUUAGACAAGGCUAAAGCUCGAUUGAGUACAACUAAAAAAAGAAAAAAAACUUCUAGUAAAUCAAAUAAAAAAAAACGUAGAAAAGGUCGAAAUAUGGAUGAAGAAGAUGGUGAACCUGAUUCCGAUGAAAAGACCUAUAAAAGUAAAGUAUUUGACAGUGAUGAUGAUUCGGACGUAGAAGUGUCCAACGAUCUAACUGGUGACAAGAAAGCAGUAUUUGAUUUCAUGCAGACAGCCAUUUUGGCGGAGCUGCUGAUGAUGCAUCAGUGCUCGCAGAAGAAGGCUGAAGCGAUAAUAACUGCUCGGCCAUUCGAAGACUGGCGGGACAUGGUUGAUAAGUUCCAGCACAACAAAUAUCUGGACACUGAGUUACUUAACUCAGCCCAGGUGCUCCUGGCGACUCGCAAUGUCGUCGAGGUCCUGAUGAAAAAGUGCCUAAGACUCUCCGCGAAUAUGGAGAAAGCGGUAGCAGCUGGUGCCUCGAUGAUAAAAGAACAGCCGAAAGGUUUGUCUCCGGAGUUGAAGCUGACCUCUUAUCAAAUGGUUGGGAUAAACUGGCUCGCUGUCCUGCACUCACAGAACGUAAAUGGUAUUCUCGCUGAUGAAAUGGGUCUUGGGAAGACCAUUCAAGUUAUUGCUUUCCUCACGUACUUAAAGGAGGCUAAUUUGGUCGGAGAAAAUGACGGACCGCAUCUGAUUAUUGUUCCUAGCUCUACAAUGAAUAAUUGGAUCAACGAAUUCGAGCGUUGGUCACCAGGCCUAAACAUCGUACAGUAUUACGGGAACCCAGACGAGCGGAAAGACAUCAGAAUGGGCUGGCGUCAAGGAGAGUUAGACGACGUGGACGUAAUCAUAACAACUUACAACCUGACCAGCAGCACACCAGAAGAGCGUCGUCUGUUUCGAGUCCUGCCGAUCACCUACGUCGUUGUUGACGAGGCACAUAUGCUAAAAAAUAUGAGCACAAUUAGAUACGAAAAUCUAGUAAGAAUAAACGCAAAGCAUCGUAUCCUGCUGACGGGUACCCCGCUGCAGAAUAAUCUCUUGGAGUUGAUGUCGUUGCUGAUGUUCGUCAUGCCGUCCUUAUUCGCUGGUAAACAGAACGACCUGAAAAGCUUGUUCUCGAAGAAUCCAAAAAUCGCAGCAGCGGCUAAGGAUCAGCCGUUCUUUGAGCGUGAGCAGGUAAAAAACGCUAAGCAGAUAAUGCGACCCUUCGUGCUGCGUCGUCUCAAAUCUCAGGUACUUAAAGAUUUGCCGUUGAAGACCGACGAGGUAAUCAAGUGCAGCCUCACUGAAAAGCAGAGGGAGAUGUACAAAGAGUUAAUGAGCGAGUUUUCGGAAGAAGCUGGCAGUGGAGUCCCUUUCAAUGGUCCUGGUAUGAUGAUGCAGCUCAGGAAGCUGGCUAAUCAUCCGCUUUUGCACCGGAAUUUUUACGAUGAAAGCAAGCUGCGUCCAAUGGCCAAGAAACUCGCCAAGGAUUCGACUUAUAAAGAAACAAAUCCUGAUCAUGUUUUCGAUGAUCUCUAUUGGAUGUCGGAUUAUGCUAUUCUUGGACUGACAAGGUUCCACAGGUGUCUUGCGGGGUACGGGUUGCCUCAAGAAAUGGUUCUUCAGUCCGCAAAGCUGGAGAAACUCGACGAGCUCCUUCCUGUGAUGAAAAAAGACGGACAUAGAGUUUUGAUUUUUAGUCAAUUUACUAUGCUGUUGGAUAUUCUUGAAGAAUAUCUGACUAUACGCUGCCACAAAUUUUUAAGACUGGAUGGUCAAACGCCAGUUCCUGAUAGACAGGCUUUGAUCGAUGAAUUUACUGAAGACUCAUCAAUAUUUGUAUUUCUUUUGUCCACAAGAGCUGGUGGAUUAGGUAUUAAUUUAACUGCUGCAGAUACAGUAAUUAUUCACGAUAUUGAUUUUAAUCCUUACAAUGAUAAACAAGCGGAAGAUCGAUCUCAUCGUAUGGGUCAAAAAAACCCUGUCCGCAUAAUAAGAUUGUUAGCUGAAAAUACUAUUGAAGAAGGAAUGUAUGAAAUUGCUCAAGAGAAAUUACACUUAGAAGCACAAGUAACUGAAAAUGAAGAGAAUGAAAACACUGAUAGAAAAAGUGUCUUGAGACUGCUCAAAAUGACACUAGGUCAAGAUAUCCACAACAAAUCGCUCUCUCUGAGUCCGACGAAGGCCUCUAACAAAUCUUGGGACGACAUUAAAGUCGAAGAAUUUUAAAAUUAUUUUGUACUCAACUGCGGUAUUAAAGCAUGAAGAUUUUAGCACAAUUGUGAGACACAUUUUUUGAAAUAAUUAAAAAAAAUUGUAAAAUUCAUGUAAAGUUGUAUACGAGACGACUGCCCCCAUAUUAUUUUUACUGUUGAUUCACUCAUGUUUGAUACUACGUAUUACUUUUACUAUUAAUAUUUAUAUUAAUUCUAUUUUAUUUCAUUUUAUUUUGCCAUACCAUCACACGUGUAAUUUUACUCUCGUGUAGCUAAAUCAAUUUACUUUGAGACUUUGUUCACGCCAAAUCACAUUCCACUAUUUAUUUAUAAUUUAAAUCAACCUUUUACAUUUAUUUUUUUUUUUUGCUCUGUAAUUUAAUAAAUAACUUUGUACUGGAGGAUUUUAUUAAAAUGGUUCGAAUCUCUUUAAUAAAGAUCAUUUGAUUGUA